AGAAGAAGGAAAUUAAGAGCCAACAAGAAAUUAACGUCAUUCAUCUUCUCUACAAAAAUCAUAGAUCAAUCCAUUUCUUAAAAUCUCAAUCUCUUUAAAAAUGGCAACCUCUAGCUUCGAAUCGAUUCGAGCUAGAGCUAUGUGGCGGACUUGCUUAGCCUCCGCCUUUCGAACCGCCUUGGCUUGUUCGAUAGUUGGUGUUGCCACCCUUUUCGGGCCCGAAUGCUUCAAAACUCAAGUCGCAUUCCCAGCUUUCUCCUACGUUACGGUUAUUCUCGUCGUGACUAAUGCCACGUUAGGUGACACUUUACGUAGUUGUUGGCUCGCACUUUACGCCACAAUUCAAGGUGUUUGUCCCGCUAUACUGAGCCUGUGGUUGAUCGGGCCGGGCAGGCUCACGGCCAGCACCACGGCUACGGCCGUGGGGCUGAGCGCGUUUUUUGUGAUCCUGCCCGAAAAUACUCACUUGAUAGCGAAGCGUAUCGCGCUAGGGCAACUUGUUAUUGUGUAUGUCAUAGGUUAUAUUAAUGGUGGAAAAACGGAACCAAUUAUGCACCCGAUUCACGUUGCCGCUAGCACGGCGGUUGGAGUGGUGGCUUGUGUUUUAGCAUUGCUGCUUCCAUAUCCAAACCUUGCAUGUUGUGAGGUAAAAGAGAAGAGCAGGCUCUUCGUGGAAAAUGCUGCCGAGAGGAUUAACCUGUUUGUGAAGGCAUUCUCGGCUGAAGACAACACUUCAGCACUUGCUUUAAUUCUUCAAGCGAAGUCCUUAGUUAACAAUGGACCCAAACUUCUCCAAGCCAUUAAAUCCAAACAACAAAAUAUGGAUAUAAAUGUUGGUCGAAUAAUUCGCGAUGAAAUGAUUUCUUGCCUGUUCGACAACGCUUUACCCUUUCCGACUACACAAUCACUCGCCUUGCAAGAGUAUGUUUGGUGUGAACAUGGAUAG